GCAGUUACUGAGAAAUCACAAGACGAAGCUAAAAUCCCUCUUCAGAUCCACAGUCAACUGCCCUGAAAAAAUCCUGCAAAAAGCCCAGAAAAAGGAGAGCCAUGGAUUCCUACAGAAAAUACGCAGCUAUCAUUCUGGUCACCUUGUCGGUGUUUCUGCAUAUUCUCCAUUCCCUUCCUGAGGGCGAGUUUACAACGGAGGAGAUGGGGUUUCACCAUAUUGCCCAGGCUGCUCUCGAACUCCUGAGCUCAAGUGAUCCACCCACUUUGGCCUCCCAAAGUGCUGGGAUUACAGAGUGCCCGGAAUGCAAGCUAAAGGAAAACAAAUACUUCUCCAAGCUGGGUACCCCAAUAUAUCAGUGCACGGGCUGCUGCUUCUCUAGAGCAUAUCCCACUCCAUUUAGGUCCCAGAAGACAAUGCUGGUUCCGAAAAACGUCACCUCAGAGUCCUCUUGCUGUGUGGCUAAAGCAUACACCAAGGCCACCGUAAUGGGGAACGUCAAAGUGGAGAACCACACGGAGUGCCACUGCAGCACCUGCUAUUAUCACAAAUUUUAAACGUUUUGCCAAGUGCUGUCGUGAUGACUGCUGAUUUUCUGGAAUGGAUGAUUAAGUUGUUCAGUGUUUAUGGCUUUGUGAGAUUAAAACCCUCCUUUUCCUUACCAUACCGCUUUGACACGCUUCAAGGAUGUACUGCAGCUUUAUUGCCUUUCUCUUUAUCCCACAGUGGAAUCAGUAGUCUAGUUCUUUUCAUUUGGAAUGAAUACAGUAUGUAGCUCGUUCCACUGCAAAUAAAGCCUUUUAAAUCAUCAUUCA